UUUACAGAUGUGAAAAAAGACGAUGGACGAGGACAGACGAAUCCUCGUUAACGAAGCUGAGGAUGAAGAGGAUGAUUUCUCCGAGGAUAUCCUGGACACUAAUCAACCAAACCGGAGCCAUGAAAACACUUGUCUCAACAUUGUUUACUUCUCCUCUAUUGUUGCAGCUAUAGGAGGGUUAUUGUUUGGGUAUGAUGUUGGAGUAAUAUCUGGAGCUAAGGUUCAGGUUGCUCAUGAGAUGGAUUUAACAUGUGGGGAGGAGGAGGCACUGGUUAGUCUCAUGCCAAUGGGAGCUCUCUCUGCUAGUCUGGUGACCGGGAAACUAUUAAACAGGAUUGGAAGAAAAUCUACUAUUCAAUUGACAGCUGUAGCCUUUACAGUUGGUUCUCUUGUAAUGGCGUUCUCAGAUAAUCUUGCUGUUCUGCUAGUUGGAAGGUUUGUUGUCGGGUUUGCAGUGAGCCUGUCUGCUAUGAGUGAGUGUCUUUAUAUUUCAGAGAUAUCAGCACCUUCAAAUAGAGGUAUGCUGGUAUCUCUGAACGAGCUUGGGAUAACACUGGGUUUCCUCCUCGCCUUCCUAGUCAACUAUAUCCUCAUGGAUUCAGUCGGAGGAUGGAGGAUUAUGUUCGGUCUUAGUUCAGUGUUUGCUGUCUUUCAAUUCUUCCUGAUGUGGUUCCUACCGGAAACUCCGCACUAUCUGGUUCUACGGAAGAAUGAGGCAGCGGCGGUGAAAGUUCUCCGGCGGAUACAUAAAACAAGCUCCGUUAAACAAGAGUUGGCGAAUAUCCGGCACAGCUGCCAACAAUCCCAAGCAGCUUCUUGUUCACAACUCUUCUCUACUCAGGAUAAUCUACGAUGGAGAACAUUUAUCGGUAUAGGACUUGUUAUCCUCCUUCAAGCCACCGGCCAACCUAAUAUCCUUUACUACGCUACAGAUAUAUUCAAAGCUGUGGGAUUCUGUGGAGAUACACUCUCAGCAAUGGCUUCCGUGGGACUGGGAUUGGUGAAGGUGGGAGCUACAGUAAUCAGUCUUGUCAUGGUAGAUAGAGUAGGACGGAGAUCUCUUCUUCUCGCAGGGUCAACUCUCAUGGCGAUAUCCCUUCUAGCCCUCACAAUAUUUGCUGGAUAUCAGUACUCAGCCUCGGGAUAUCAUCAAAGAGAAACUUGUUCGCACGGAGCUAAUUACACAGAUCAUUUACACAAGAACGCAUUCUCCGAGAUUGAACAUGUGACCAUUCCUCAGAUUGAGCUCUGCGAGUCCGAGGAGCUCAUGUUACCCAGUGGUAUCCGUUAUAUCGCCUUCUGUGCCCUGGUUGUCUAUGUAACAGCCUUCUCGUUCAGUUUCGGUCCGGUCACAUGGAUUCUCCUCACGGAGUUGUUCCCUGUAUCUCUGAAGGGAGAUGCCAUGAGUUUAGCCCAAGCUGUAAACUGGACGGCCAAUGUAUUUGUUUCCGUUACAUUCCUUGAUGCAGUUCGAGUUCUCACUCUACCCUUAGUGUUCACCGUUCAUCUCAUCUUCGGUUUACUAGCAAUUCUCUUUAUAUACCUAGCUGUUCCAGAAACUAAAGGAAAAUCUUUAGAGGAAAUCUCUAAAGAUCUGUGCGGGAAGAAGACAAGUAAACCAUUGUGUAUGACUCCGCAGACUGGAAAACUUGCAGAUACUGAUGAGUUUGAUCCAGUAUCCACCUCGAGCACUGGAUUUUAAAUCCAUCCUUGCCAUUUCUGAUAUUAAUUAUCCGUACCAAUAAUAUUUAAAGAAAGUACAAAUUAUAAAUGACGGAUCCGUCCAAGAAAAUAUGAUAAUCGCUUGUUUAACAAAUAAUUUUGUCGGCAUUAACUAAUAAUAAUUCUAAGUACUUCAGCGACUUUUAAAAUUUCAUUCUGGGCUUCAUUAUUUUCUAUUUGCAUAGUUGUUUUUUCUUCACAUAAAUUACUAUGGACAACAUUUUACAUGGAAUUAAAAUUUGUGGCUGAAUUAAUUUUGCUUUCCUUACUUUUGGUCCUGAAAGUUUUAAAACUACAUUUGUCUCUUUGCUAAUUAAUUUGCUAAUUAAUCAAUCGUUUGUAUUUUAUCAUUAACUUUUAGAUUUAGUCUUUCCCUAUCUUUCAAGCUAUUCUGUUUUCGAAUAAAUAAUCGCUUAAUCAAUAUGAAAUAUGACCAUCAGACUCUUUUAAAAAAAUUGUUUUUGAUCUCUCCUGUAAAAUUAUCACAGUCUAAUCAAACCCUAUAAGUGUUUAUCAGACUUCACCGCAUUUUCUUAUCGUUCCAGCAUGUUUGUAUUUAUUUAUGUUUGCACUCAGUAUUCAAUUGUAUUUGCAUUUAUUUCUGGGUAUUUAUCUGUAACUUAUGAUUUUUAAUGAAUCUUAUUAAGGAAAUCUAUUUGGGUUUAAACGAUUGAUUGAAGAACUCAUUCCAAUAUUACAAAUCUGUGAUAAUUUACUAUAUCCGUCCAAACAGUAUAUUUUAGAUGUGAAUUUUAACAUAGAAGUGCACUCACUAUAUUUCCAGA